GCAUUUUUAUGCUCUCUCUCUCUCUCUCUGUGUGUGUGUGUGUGUAGAAUUGCGACACUAACCCUAACUCUUCACCAAAGAAUCUCGGAAACUCAAAGCACUCGUUCCCCAUACCACGAGAAAAACUAACACAAAAUCAUCUGUACAUAGAUGUAAAUCCAUGUGGGUAUUUUGAAAGGCCGAAUUUGUAUUAGGGUUUCGAUUUCUGUAAUUAAGUAUGCAUAUUGUGGAAAAGGAUGAUGAUUUUUAUGCCCCGACGGUUCCUAAUGGAUCGAUGUCGAGUGCAUUCCAUUAUUCUCCUUUGUUCUGUGUUGAAAACUUCUCCAGGAGGAGUUUUUCUUACAACAAGCUUCCUGAGGAGCCACUCAGGCUCACCGUCCUCAAAUUGGAUGGAUCGUCUUUCGAGAUUCAGGUGGCAAAAAAUGGGAGGGUGAGGGAGCUGAAGCUGGCGGUGGAGGCGGCAUUUGGUCAUUUGCCAACGACGGGGACUGGUAGAGUUUCAUGGCCACAUGUAUGGGGUCAGUUUUGUCUUUCCUACAAUGGCCACAAGCUACUUAAUGACAACUGUUAUUUAGAAACCUACAAGAUCAAAGAUGGUGAUCAGCUUCGCUUUAUUCGCCAUGAUUCCAUCAACUACAAUUUGGCAAGAACGCAAUCAGAGAAAGAGGACUCGGAUUUAGAUGAUGAACCCGAGAAGGAUAGACAAGAGAAUGUUCAGAGUCAUUAUAUAGAGAUCCUAGAGAACAAGCAAGACAACAGAGUUGAGUUCAAUAAAGGCGUCGUUGCCAAUUAUGAUUACAAGUUAACUCACUUGUUAAGAGGGUGGUUCCCUUUUCACAAAUUGCCCAGCUCUAAUGCCAGUGAAGAAGAUGACUAGCUUCUCAAGAUUUUCACAGAGUUUAGUAGGCAGUUCUAUAAAUGGGUUUUUUUACAGUAAUAAAUAUUCUUCCAAGAGAGAGAUUUGGAAGGCAAGGUAAUAGCUCGGCGGAUUGUUGCAUCUCCACGAUCUGAAACUGCUUCAACCAGUCACCAGGAAUAAACGUUGGUCAGAAAUUUUACGUCAAAGCUCAACAUCCAUAAUGCAAACUGUCCUGUAGCAUGACCUAUGACUUGUAGAAUCAAAAGACAGAUUUGAUUCAUUUUUGCUCAAUAAUUACCGUUAUUGAGGCUUAAUAUGGGAAAAGUUUGCCUAGUAUCUACCUGUUGGCUUUCCUCUGAAUUACAUUUGUCUCAUGUCAAAAGAAAUUGAUUUUAUUCUAGUCCUAGUAGUUGAUCUGAGAUCAAGCUCAAAUUAAUGCAGUAGGGAUUAUAAGCUAGCUAGCUGCAGUAUGAUAAUCUGGUUAAAGGAUUAUAGCGAUGAUUUCAAAUAACCUUGCUGGAUGUCGUCAUUCUGAUUUUUCUUUUCCACGUCAAGUCUUCUUUAUCUUAUUUGUUUUUUCUUUUCUUUUGGCUCUUCAAUCUCUUGUCCUACUCACUCCAUCUUUUGUCCUGAUGGAAAAUAUGGAAAAGAGAGGGAAAAAAUCAAGCAGCAGGCGCAUGAGUGCAACAAAACAACUUUAAUUUACUACAACCUCAUCAAUUUCGUGGCAUAGAUUGAGAUAGCCUUUCAAGGAUUCGCCUCUUCUUCAUUGGUGUCCUAUGAGGAAAUUCUGAAGAAGAAAAAAGAAAUAGAGAAAUGGCGAACAUGAUCAUGGCUUCCUUCAACUCCAAAGCCGCAAUCACAUCCACUCCUACAAUCCGCUCUUCCUGUCAAGAUGAAGAAGGAGACCCAGAUUGAGGUGGAGCAGAAGCUGGCUGAGGGAAGGAAGAAAGGGGAGGCAGAAUUGAAGGAGGCAUUGACUAAUUUGGAUAAGCAUAGGGCUGACACUAUUAAGGCUCUUGACUAGCAGAUUAGUGCUCUCAGUGAGGAAAUUGUGAAGAAGGUCCUCCCUGUUUCUUGAAAUUCUUGUAUUUGGAUUGAAUUUUAUCCAUUUGUAUAAUAUCAAGGAUUUACUUAAUGUAUAAUGAAUUGUGAAUCAAAUACUCCAGUUUACAAAUUUUCACAAU